AAUCUGCCUUCUUCUUGCCGCCUCCCACUCCCAAACCCUCCGACAGCCCAGGUUUGGUCCCCUCCCCAAGCCAGGCCGAGUUUGCGGGGGAGAGGGCCUGUGACCAGCCCUCCUGCAAGGCAGAGCCCCUGCUGGGGAGGAGACAGAUGUGUGCCGUGCUGGGGGAGGGGCAGCAGCACCACAUCAUCUAACAGGUUGGUCGGGCUGGGAGGCGUCCCGCCCUCCCGCAGCUAAUGAGCACUGUGCGACAGGUGUUUGUAUCUCAGUCCCCAGCCUGCUCUGGCUGCGACAGGAGGCAGCCGCCCGCCACCCGCCUCCCAUCCAAGGCUCGCUUGCCGCUCAUCGCACGCCACCGGGCCCUCCCGCUCCCAGGCCGGGGGUAGGGGCCACCAUGGCCUGCCGAUCUUGCGUCGUCGGCUUCAGCAGCCUCAGUGGCUGUGAGGUGACCCCGUUGGGCAGCCCCCGGCCUGGGACCUCUGGAUGGAGCAGCUGCGGGGCCCCUGGGCCAGGCUUCAGCUCCAGAAGCCUCACAAGCUGCUGGCCAGCUGGCACCAUCCCCAAGGUGACCGUGAACCCCAGCCUCCUGGUACCCCUGGACCUCAAGGUAGACCCAGCUAUCCAGCAGCAGAAGAACCAGGAGAAGGAAGAGAUGAAGGUCCUCAAUGACAAAUUUGCCUCCCUGAUCGGCAAGGUACAAGCCCUGGAACAGCGCAACCAGCUGCUGGAGACCCGCUGGAGCUUCUUGCAGGGCCAGGACUCAGCCACCUUCGACCUCGGGCACCACUAUGAGGCGUACGAGGGCCGGCUGCAGGAGGAACUGCGCAAAGUGAGCCAGGAGAGGGGACAGCUCGAGGCCAAUCUGCUGCAAGUGCUGGAAAAGGUGGAAGAGUUUCGCAUCAAGUAUGAGGAUGAGAUCUCCAAGCGCACGGACCUGGAGUUUACCUUCGUGCAGCUGAAGAAGGAUCUGGACACUGAGUGCCUUCGCCGGACCAAACUGGAAACCAAGUUGAAAGGCCUGCAGAGCUUCUUGGAGCUGAUGAAAACCAUCUAUGAGCAGGAGCUGAAGGACCUGGCAGCCCAAGUGAACGAACUGUCGGUGACCGUCGGCAUGGACAGCCGCUGCCGCGUUGACCUGAGCGGCAUCGUGGAGGAGGUGAAGGCCCAGUACGACGCCAUCGCGGCCCGCAGCCUGGAGGAGGCCGAGGCCUACUCACGGAGCCAGCUGGAGGAGCGAGCCUCCCGCUCAGCUGAGUACGGGAGCAGCCUCCAGAGCAACCGCUGCGAGAUUGCUGACCUCAACGUGCGCAUCCAGAAGCUCCGGUCCCAGAUCGUCUCUGUCAAGAGCCAUUGCCUAAAACUGGAGGAGAACAUCAAGGCCGCGGAGGAGCAGGGCGAGCUGGCCUUCCAGGACGCCAAGGCCAAGCUGGCCCAGCUGGAGGAGGCCCUGCAGCAGGCCAAGCAGGACAUGGCCCGCCAGCUGCGUGAGUACCAGGAGCUCAUGAACGUCAAGCUGGCGCUGGACAUCGAGAUCGCCACCUACCGCAAGCUCGUGGAGGGCGAGGAGAGCAGGAUGGACCUGCCCUCUGCCUCGGCCACCGUGGUCAGCACCGUACAGUCCUGGCCCAGAACAGCUGCCUCCAAGCCAGGCCUCUCCAAGGCCCCCUCCCGAAGGAAGAAGAAGAACCGGAGAGGCCCCGUAAUCCAAAUCACCGAAAUGUCAGAGAAGUACCUGUCUCAGGAGUCGGAGGCCUCAGAGUAAGGCCGCUGGACCCCAGGAGCCCUAGGACAGCCUCCAACUGCAGCAGGAGGGACUCAAACGAGACUCAGAAAAGUGUCUGGGAACCUCCAGGUUGGGAGGGGAGACAAAGCCUGAUACCGGCCACAGGUUUUCCCAGCUGGGUGAGCUGGAACUUGGGGGUCAGCUGUGUCCACCUCCCCAUUCCCCUGAGGCUCGCCCUCCAGCAAGGGGCUCUCACCAAGGUGCUUCCACUCUUCUGCCUAACACUUGCCCUAAACUCCUCUCUCCAGCCUCGCCUUGCCUCUGCCUCAGAACUGAGGCUGCCCUCCCGCCCAGGCGCCGGAGGGGCUAGGACCACUCGGCCCUAUCCUGUGAAGGCCGGCGCUGAGGACCCUUGGCUUUCCCACACUUGGACUCCCCAGACACCUGACAGUAUUAGGGAGUAAGGGGAGGAGGGGCCCUGGCCACUGGAGACCCGAGCCUGGACCUUGCACCAGCCUGGACACCCGCGCCCUGCUGCCCUCCUGUGGCCCCCUCCCAGGAGACCACAGCCGGAACUGGGCAGGCGCCCCCAGCCCGCUCCUCCACCUCUCCAGAAGCUGCUCCCACCAUGGCCACCUCCCUGCACUUGUGGGAUUCACCUGCCCCCAGCACAGGUCACUCCCAGCCUCGACACCCAGCGCUGGUACACCAAGCCCUGCAGACCCCCAGCCCCAUCCUUGUGGUGAAACCCCAGUCCAACUCCCCUGACUUCCACUUCUCAGGGCCCUGUUCUCCUCUGCACUGGGCCAAACAGCCCAGCCCUCCCCCUGCGCACUCCCUGAGGGGCCCAGGACGCCCUCCCCGAGGACUGACAUCUUUUUCUUCUCUUCCCCUCGGCCCCUCCCCCUCCCCAUGUCCACUCUCCCUGCCCACAGCCGGCCAUGAGGACAGCACAGCCUGGUCUGGGAGCUUCUGAGCCCUGACUUGGCUGGGAAGCCCGGGAUACUUUUUAAAAGGGCUCAACCAAAGAGCAAACUUCGAACCCACAGGCGGAAAGGUCCCCCUCUCUGGGGGAACCUAGCAGUGCCAGCUCAACUCCCCAAGCCACUGCCUCUCUGCCCUUUCCUUUGCUCUUCCCACCUUCCCCUUCCCUUCCCUCGCCUCCUCUUUUAGCCUGUCUGAUCCCUUCAUCACAUUUUCCAGGACAGACUGGCCUAAGGCCUUGGCCUCGCCUAAUCCCCGAGGCCCUCCAGGCCUGUGGGGGCUGCUGGAGGGCUGCCAACUCUCUCAGGCCAAAGGAAACUCAGCCAAGUAUUCAUCCCUGCUGUCCCCAAAGAGGGUGCUGAUUGCUGCUUUCUUCUCGGGCUAUUUAUUGGUUUCCAAGGGAGCAAAUCCUCAGUGGGAAUAUGAGAUAUAUAAAGUAUAUAUUAUUUUUUCAUAACUUAUAUGGCUUUUAACUUAUUGCUUCCCUUCCUGUUUCUGCAUGAUCAGUGCUAUGUACCCUCUGGACUCCAGACAUCACAUAUCCCGGCCACCCUACCUGACUGGGCAAUGUCCGCCCCCAACUCCCUGCCAAGGGAUGAAUAAAGUAUUGAGAUUUUGUCCAUGGA